AGACGGCUCUGGGGUGUAUCUGGGGAAACCAGUUCUGAGUCCAGGGGUUUUCAUAACUGAAUUUUCAUGCCUCAGAAAGAAAAAGGAGCUAAGUGUUUGAGAGUCCAGAACCUGGAGAGUCUUACCAGCUGCAAUCACAGGGGCCAUGGCAUUUACUGACUAAGAUCACACCUGCUGCAUGAGGAUAGGUGUGGAGGAACCCCUGUCUUCACCAGCCUCAGGAGGAGCAGACAACAAACACUUUAAAGACUUCAUAAGUGAUGGUAUAUCACAGCAUGCUUGUGUGCGAAUGAGAACAUGGGAAUGAUCCAGGAGAGAUGAGCGUGAUGAUGGAUGAGCAGAAGAGGUUAAAUUAUGACACAGAUACACUAUGGAAGCUGCAUCCCUACUGAGCAUGUAAUUUGGUGUAGUGCAUGUUAUAUACACUUCAGAACUGCUGGCCUCCUGACAAGCUGGUUGCUCAGACGGUCUGCGGCAAGAUAGGUAUUUGCUGUGGAUCACCCCUGGAUGGAUUGUGUGCAGCACUUAUUGGAGGAGCUUUCCUUCUAUCAGAAGUCUGAAAUACGAUUCACAGAGCCAUGGGGGUGUUGAUGUCCAAGCGGCAGACAGUGGAGCAGGUGCAGAAGGUGAGCCUGGCUGUGUCUGCCUUCAAGGAUGGGCUACGGGACAGGCCUUCCAUUCGACGCACAGGUGAGCUUCCAGGGUCCCAUGGCACUAUAGAGGGCUCUGUGCAGGAGGUGCAGGAGGAGAAAGAAGCGGAAGCAAGCAUCCCAGUGCUCCAAGAAGAGAGCAGCAUCAACCGUGCAGCCUGGGAGAGGCUCCGUGAUGGGCGUGGAGUAGAGCCUGAGGAGUUUGACAGGAACAGCCGUUUCACACCCCCUGCCUUCGUCCGCCCCACCCGGAAGCUGGAUGAUGACAAGCCUCCAGAUAUCUGCUUGGAGCCCAGAGAGCCUGUUGUCAACGAUGAGAUGUGUGAUGUCUGUGAGGUCUGGACAGCCGAGAGCCUCUUCCCAUGCAGGGUCUGCAACAGGGUUUUUCAUGAUGGCUGCCUGCGUCGCAUGGGCUACGUUCAAGGAGACGGUACAGCAGAGGUGACGGAGAUGGCACACACAGAAACAGGCUGGAGCUGCCACUACUGUGAUAACCUCAACUUGCUGCUAACUGAGGAGGAAAUGUAUAGCCUCACGGAGACCUUUCAGCAAUGUAAAGUCAUCCCUGAUUGCUCCCUGACAUGGGAGGACUUCCUGCGCUACCGCCACCAAGCAGCAAAGCGGGGGGACAGUGACAGGGCUCUAAGCCAGGAGCAAGAGGAGCAGGCAGCCCGCCAGUUUGCAGCCCUGGACCCUGAUCAUCGAGGACACAUAGAGUGGCCUGACUUCUUGUCCCAUGAGUCUCUCCUACUCCUGCAGCAAUUGCGUCCCCAGAACUCUCUUUUAAGACUUCUGACUGUCAAGGAGCGGGAGCGAGCCCGAGCCACCUUCCUGGCAUGGGGCCAUGGGAGCACCAUCAGUGAGGCAGAGUGCCGCCGUGCACAGCACUCUUGGUUCUGCAAACACCUCCCAGAGGCUCCUUCCUCCAGUGUCAGCAUCAGCCAUGUGGGUCCCAUAGCAGACAGCAGCCCAGCCAGCAGCAGCAGCAAGAGUCAGGACAAGGCCCUGCUGCCCACAGAGCAUGAGUCCAGGUCUGUGGACUGGCCUACCUUCCUGCGGGAGAAUGUCAUCUACAUCUUGGCUGCUCGCCCAAACAGUGCAGCCAUUCACCUGAAACCCCCUGGAUAGCAUGGAGCAGAGAAAUUCAAUUCAGGGACAGUGGCUUUCUCUCCUUUUUCGUUCUCUCUUUCCCCUACCAGCCCUCGGUAGAGACUUACGAGGAUGGAGCACUGCCGGCAUCUCAGUUUGUCUCCAAACUUUAUGGCACUGAAACCACCAUUCACCUCACAACAGAGGCAGUAAAUGCAUUACCACAGGGAGAAGCCCUGGGAGCUAUGGCAGCACCCAGUCCUGGAAACAUACCCCCCACCUUCACAUGGUACACUGGACCUGCCAUGGCACAUGGAUAUGUGCACACACACACGUACACUCCUAGCUGUCCACAUCUUCAGAGACCUGGUUCUUCUGGUUUAAAAAUGUCUGAAGUUCUUUUGAGAACCCACUAGUAUAGAUGAGGGGGUCCUGACUCACCCUAUUCUAUUGGCCAGUUCCAAUUCCAUUAAAUAAGGCCCUGACCAAGUGAUUCCUAAUUAGGGGCAUAUCAGAUUCACAUGUGCUCCUGGAAAUACAGGUUCCAUGUUCCCCCAUUGAAAAUCCCUUCUGUGGUGAGCCACUGUUUCAGUAGGUGUGUAUUAUAUCCCUCAGAUGUGCUGGGGUGGGAAAAUGGUUAAACACCACCACAGCACUUCAGCCCGUUAUUUAUUUAAAUUUCACUUCCUGGUAACAGAGAAGAUGACUAGUCUGUGGAAUCCUAAUUAGAAAAGGGGGAGGUAGUCCUUGCCAGGGACCCAGAAGACUAGAACCUCUCAGCCAGGACAUUUAAGUCAAAGUCUUUAGAAGAACAAUCAAAAACCAAAGUGAGCCAUCCUGGCCCUUGUUUUUCAGAUGUGAGCUCAUGGCCUACAGUCCAAGGGGCCUAAAUGGAACCAGUCUGAUGGCAGGAGUUACAGCCUUGUGUGUUAGAUGCUUCACCCAAGUCAGCUACCAUGGAGCCCUGUAGCCUGGGCUCCAAAGAGGACAAGAUCAGGAUGGAAGAGAACAGGAGAAGGCCCAUCUUUUCUAUCCUUUCAGUUCAGCUCAAUUGUAGACCUAGAAAAGUGUGCAUUAUACAGAGAACGGAGCCAGCCUCUUCUGGAGCUCCUCAGAAGCCCUGAGCAGGGACUCCUUUCCAUCACCCUGGAAAUGAGGAUAAGUGGCAGAAGCUGAGAAGAGAAUUGACUUCUCAGGUCUGUUAAGCAGAUAAAGUCCCAGCAAAGCCUCACAGAAGGCAUCAAUUUUCCCCUCUCUUCAUCACUGAGAUAAGGCCUCAGUUGCUACUUCUCCCCAGUAUUAACUACAUAUUCCUCCCCACCAGACUAAGGCCUGGGCCUAGAAUGGGAGGACUUUGGGGAUACGCAGGGGCUGCCACCAGGCCACCAUACCUGGCCUCUAAGUCCCAGCUAUCCUAAGUUCUCUAGUCCUCAAGUCAGUGCCUGCUGUGGAUCAGCCCUCGGGUGGGCCCUUGGGUUCAGGUUUUUGUUUCCAACCUAAUGGCAGGUUUAGCUACAUCUGACUACCAAGAGUUACUUGAGAGGGUGUUAGUUCAGUCAUACAGAAGCUAACAUAUCCCCAUUGCUGAAGUAACUAGCACUAAAUAGGAUACUUCCAGAAGCAGCAGCAUCCAGCUCAGAAGAAGGGGGAGCUACAACCAGGAGUGUGGUAUAUGGUCUCCUCCUGCAGAAACUGCUUGAACUGGAAGCAGUGAAAAGCUUCUGGAGUUGGAUUACUUAGGACUGAAAUGAAGCAGACAGAAGAUUGAUCUGGGUUCAUGUAUAUGAUCCUGAACAUUUCAAAACACAGCUUCUGGUAAAUAUUCCUUAUCCAUACUCAGGACUGAUCAGUAGGAGGGGUUGUUACUCAGUCCAGCCCCAAAAAAGCAAGGAAGCACAUGACUCAGGUGCAAGGACUGCAUCUGAAGCAGCCUGGCCUGAGAUUAAAGCACAUUAAGCACAGGGCCUCUUGCUCACUGUCCUGGGAAAUCACUUUUUGCAUCAAUGGCCUUCAGCUGCUUGAUCUUAUGAACAGGUCAUUUUGAGUAAAGACAAGCUGUGGACUUUUAGGGCUGAACAGCUUUUUUCUCCUGCCUCGUCUCAGUCACAGGGACUGGAAGUCCACCUUCUCAUUUCCUGUCCUUCACAGAUCAAGGAGAUGCCUACCUCUCUGGAGCUGCAGCUUCUAGCUUUCUGUGGGUGAGUGGUGAAAGACCAUGUGCCAGAUCAAGCUAGCGGAUCCCAGGGCCUGACAAAGUGGGCCCCCAGAGUUCUUCCACAACAAGAUCAGGCCCAUUUGGGGCCACCUCUGCCUAUUCCAGGACACCAAGCUUCCCUGGUAGGGGUAUGCUGCAGAGGGUCCAGAGGACACUGCUCCCCAUCCCUGCAAAGGAUAGAGUCCCCAGUCCAAGAGAGUCCUAGAAGGCAGAAAAGCAACCACCUUCUCCGUAGGCAUCUAACUUUUUACCACAGGAGAGGUUCCAUACCUCCCCCAGUUCAGAGUGUGGAAGACCCACCCCAACCCCCUGUCCAGGAGACGUUCAAACUUUCAUAAACCUAGUGAGCUCAGCUCUCCUCCUUUUCAUACCCUUCCAUAACUAUGAGUAUCUGAAAUUCUGCCAAGCACAGAAAUUAGUGUCUGACUCUAUCUAAUAAGGGUAGGAGAAAAUGUUUCAGUCUUGUCUUCUUGAGAUCAGUGCUUUUCCCAGGCACCACCCACCCCAUCCCUCAACCAAGACAGGCUGGGGUUAUAAAUAUGCUCCUCUGAAGACCAUCUGCCCUAAGCCUGUGUUUCCCCCAGCAGUCCUCUUCCCCACUCUCAAAUUUAAAAACGGGUAACUCAGUGAAGCUGCAGCAACAGAGUCAGCUGAGGCAGGAGCUAUGGCUUCAUAACCUCUUUAGGUCUCCCCAGUAGCUUCCUCUCCUAAGACCAGCCUUCCCCAACAGAUGCAGGCUCUGCACUUUUGAGCAAUGGCCCCUUUGGAUCCCAGGGAUGGAGCUGUUUGCUUACUCCUAGGUACUGACUCCCUUUCAAGUGCUCUUCCUUUGAGGUCAACCAAAGCCAUGAGCACAUUGCCUCUUCCUGCCCUCAGCUCAAGUGACUGGGGCUGCAGGGUUGGCACUGGCCUUUCUAGCCCUGGUGCUCCCUGAGGGAUGUCACCCUGGCCUUGUUUCAGUGGCCAAAUCUGGGGAUUCCCCCAUUCCUAUCACUAAUAUGGGAAGCACAGAAUCAAACUGCCUGGGAAGAGGGCACCUCACUGGCGGGUCAGCCCAGGAUGGUGCCUAGGCCUCUCAGCCCGAAGCAUAACCUCAACAAUUGCAGGUCUCAGCUUCAAUAAGAGUAGUGCCAGAAAGGCCUAAAGCCAAGAAGGAAGCUUAGCAGAAGCUGCCUGGGUUAGCCCUGACCACCCCAGAGCCAAGAGUAACCUCCAGGUAGGGCUGUAAACAGGUUCUAGUGACCCUGCAAGCAUGUCCUGUUCCAACCAGCAGAGUAAAGGGAUAUAUACUUGUCACUAAAAGGCAGAACAACCUUGAUGCCAGAAUUUCAGGACAUCCUGGCAGCACCUGUAACUAUAACCCCUUUUUACCCUUUAUUACAGUGGAAUAAAAUUACUACUCCAUGCCGCUGAAUUUGAAUUGGCCCAAGGUCUCUCUGGGUCCCUGCUUGUAGCCCAGACAACAGAGAUCCUGCUGAGUGGGGGAUAUUAAUGCACCAUGCCCGUUCCUGUCAGCCCUAGAGUGGGGUAGGACUGGGCACUUUCCCCAUUGUUGCUUUACCGCUACCACUGCUUUUGGCAAUCUGGAAAGAAAAAAAUUUCCAUUAGACUCAACUAGCACUGAGGAAAAUCUUCCCUCUGGGCCGCAUACCCUGAUAUGCCGGAUCAUAGAGAGGGUAUCAGGUCUGGUCUGGGCCAGUGACUAAGAACCCAAAUUGCAAUGUGUCUAGAAUGGGUUGGUGUGACCACAACUAUGAACAAGGUAUAAGAAGCAAGGCCUUUCCAUUUGUGUUGAAACACAGGACUUCAUGCUUAGCCUCCUUCAACAGAUGGCCUGUGCUCUGUCUUCCAGCCAAACUCAGGCUUGUGAGGGGGUUCUGAGAGUACUCAAUAACAAUGGAGGAUCCAAUGCCCUGUGGUCCCUCAUGCCUUUCCUAUGUGCUUUUCUGAGGAAGGUAACUUGGCAGUAAGCUGAGGGGAACAUGCCCAAGCCCUGUCUUCCCAUCAUUCCAGCUGCAUGCUCUUCCCCAUGGCUCAGCCUUCACUCCAGAAGGAGCCGAUGCUCUCAAAGGCUGGGCAUAGUGGAAACCCUAAUAAAGAGAUUGUGAUGCUG